UGAUGACAUCGAGUUGGCAACGUUGAGUUGGCUGCGGCUGCACUUUGCGAUCACGCCGCUGUCUUCCACCUUGCAUCUUCUUUGAAUCAGGAGAUGCUUACAAAUAUAUGCUUUACAGUUCUAUUGAGCAUAUCUUACGUCUCCCAAGCACAGGCUUUUAUUGAAGGUCUUUACUGUGGCAAAGAAAACUGCUACGAUGUUCUCGGUGUCACAAGGGAGUCAUCUAAGGGUGAGAUAUCUAAAGCAUAUCGACAACUCGCAAAAAAGUACCAUCCCGAUGUGCACAGGACGCAGGAAGCCAAAGACAAGGCAGCAGAGAAGUUCACCCUCUUAGCUACAGCUUACGAGAUCUUAAGAGACGAUGAAUCGAGGAAAGACUACAAUGACAUGCUGGAUGACCCUGAUGCCAUUUACCGGCAUUAUUACCGGUACUAUCGCAAGAGGGUGGCACCAAAAGUGGACAUAAGGAUUGUCCUUGCCGUAACUAUAACAGUAAUUUCAGCAGUACAGUACUACGGUGCUUGGUAUAGAUACCGGUCUGCCAUUGACUACCUUGUUACAGUGCCAAAGUAUCGCAUCAAGGCAGUGGACAUAGCAAAGAAAGAAGGGUUCUACAAUGCUAGCAAGAAACGGGAUAGACGGAGGAAGGAGGAAAUAAAGGAGGAGGAAGAAAAUAUGCUCAAAAAGAUUUUGGAGGACCAGGUGGACAUCCGGGGCGGAUAUCGCAAACCAACGUUACGAAACAUACUCUGGGUGCAGCUCGUGAUGCUUCCUUACUCAUUAGGCACAUUCCUGUGGUGGCAUGGACGGUGGUUAUGGAAAUUUACACUGCAGCGACAAGAGCUGGGCAUGGAAGAGAGGAGCUACCUCAUCCGCUAUUACAUGGGGUUGUCUCAAGAACAGUGGGACGAUCUAGAGGACAAAGAUAGGGAGCGCUAUUUCGCUGACGGGCUCUGGGUCAAGGAAAAGUUCCUUGCUUGGAAGAAGCAGCAAGACGAAGAAAUGAGAGCUAAGCUCGCUGAGAGUGCACGAUACAAAAGCUACCGGAGGUACAUGAAAAACCACGGUCCCGGACAGAUCAACUUUGAGGACUGAUGCCCACAUACUGAAAUAAAUUAAUUUUUAAAAUUUAA